GCGCGUUAUUUCUUCUCCAACGCGCACUUCCCAUGCUAAGCAUGCACGAGGAUAUCAAAUAAUUGGACAAUGCCGCUCUCGCGCGUCUUGGCUACCGCGAUUUGGAAGUAGCGGCUGCCCCGCUCUGGAGCAGUUCUCAUGCGGGCGGUACAUGGAGCUUGCAUAACCAGUCUCAACAGCUUUGGGAGCUGCCAGCCAGCUCGGUCCUUUCCCCGCGCUGGGCUGAUCUGGGGGUGUAUUUACUGCGUCACGCUCUCCUGAUGUUUGUAAUUGUGUAGAGCGGAACGUUAUCUCCUCGCUUAUCUUCAUUGUGCGUUCCUGCAGUGUACACAGGACCGUGAGCUUGCCAGCACUGUGUAUACGGGCUUCUCGAGCUUGACACGCCUCUCAUCUAUUGUUCGACCACUCGAUUGUGAUCCCUCCUUUUCCCUCCCCACCUCCGCUCGUCUCUCAUCUACCCCGCCAUCCCCAUACACUGCACUCUCAAAAUGUCUGCCACUACACCACCCGCCCGCGAGCGCAGGCCGUCAACGAGCGCACCGAUCACUGACUUCCAGGGCCCUGUUGGACCUUCUAACUUCACCCGCCCCAAGCACAAGCGCACGGUGACAGGGUUUGGCCCUGGUGAGAUCAAGAGCGUUGAGGCGAGCAUUCCGGAGCCCCAGCGUGAGGCCUGGAAGAAGUUUAUGCCCAAGCCGUUCACUACAACCGAAGACUUCGAGAAGGAAGCUGUCCGUCAUAUCGAGACUACUCUCGCCCGCUCGCUGUUCAACUGCGAUGAGUCUGCGGCGUAUGCGGGAACGGCGCUGGCGUUCAGGGACCGCUUGGUUCUAGACUGGAACAAGACACAGCAGUCACAGACCUUUGCUGACCAGAAGCGUAUAUACUACCUCUCUCUCGAGUUCCUCAUGGGCCGAGCUUUGGACAAUGCUAUGCUCAACGUUGAUCAAAAGGACAUCGCCGUCAAGGGUGUCUCCGAUCUCGGAUUCCGCAUGGAGGACCUCAUCUCCCAAGAGCAUGACGCUGCUCUCGGAAACGGCGGUCUCGGACGUCUUGCCGCGUGCUUCCUCGAUUCCAUGGCAUCCUUGAACUACCCUGCCUGGGGAUACGGUCUGCGUUACCGAUAUGGUAUCUUUAAGCAGGAGAUCAUCGAUGGAUAUCAGGUCGAAGUUCCCGACUAUUGGCUCGACUUCAACCCAUGGGAAUUCCACAGGCACGACAUUGUCGUCGAUGUGCAGUUCUACGGCCACGUCAACCGCUGGCAGGACGAUGAGGGCAAGACACAGUGUUCGUGGGAGGGCGGUGAGAUUGUCACGGCUUCCGCUUUCGAUGUGCCUAUUCCCGGAUACAAGACCGGUACUUGCAACAACCUUCGUCUCUGGGGCAGCAAGGCCGCUAGCGGAGAGUUUGACUUCCAGAAGUUCAACUCUGGAGAGUACGAGAGCUCCGUAGCUGACCAGCAGCGUGCUGAGACCAUCUCUGCUGUGCUCUACCCGAACGACAACCUCGAGCGUGGUAAGGAGCUUCGAUUGAAGCAGCAGUACUUCUGGUGUGCUGCUUCGCUGUACGAUAUCGUCCGUCGUUUCAAGAAGAGCAAGCGUGCCUGGAAGGAGUUCCCAAGCCAGGUCGCUAUCCAGCUCAAUGACACCCACCCUACGCUUGCCAUUCCCGAGCUUUUGAGAAUCUUGAUCGAUCUCGAGGGUCUUGACUGGGACGAGGCGUGGAGCAUUGUCCAAAAGACCUUCGGCUACACCAACCACACCGUGCUUCCCGAAGCUCUCGAGAAGUGGUCUGUUCCUUUGAUGCAGCAUCUCCUCCCCCGUCACCUCCAGAUUAUCUUCGACAUCAACAUGCAUUUCCUGCAGUUCGUGGAGCGCAACUUCCCGAAGGAUCGCGAGAUGCUUGGUCGCGUCUCGAUCAUUGAGGAGUCGCAGCCCAAGAUGGUCCGCAUGGCUUACUUGGCUUUGAUCGGCUCGCACAAGGUCAACGGUGUAGCUGAACUGCACUCUGACCUGAUCAAGACCACGAUCUUCAAGGACUUUGUCAAGAUCUUCGGACCUGACAAGUUCACCAAUGUGACUAACGGUAUUACGCCCCGACGAUGGCUACACCAAGCCAACCCCAGGCUUUCGGAGCUAAUUGCCUCGAAACUUGGCGGACAUGAGUUCUUGAAGGACUUGACGCUGCUCCACAAGCUGGAGGCUUACGUCGACGACAAGGACUUCAGGAAGGAGUUCCGCGAGAUCAAGUACGCCAACAAGGUCCGACUCGCUAAGCACAUCAAGGAACACAAUGGUGUUACAGUCAACCCAGCCGCCCUCUUCGACGUUCAGGUCAAGCGCAUACACGAGUACAAGCGCCAGCAGAUGAACAUCUUUGGCGUUAUCCACCGCUACCUCCAAAUCAAGGCACUUUCCGCUGAAGAGAGGAAGAAGCUUGCUCCCCGGGUGUCCAUCUUUGGUGGCAAGGCUGCGCCAGGAUACUGGAUGGCAAAGACGGUCAUCCACCUUAUUUGCAAGGUUGGCGAAGUAGUGAACAACGACAAGGAUGUCGGUGACCUGCUCAAGGUCAUCUUCUUGGAGGAUUACAACGUCAGCAAGGCAGAAAUCAUCUGCCCUGCUAGCGACAUCAGCGAGCACAUUUCGACAGCUGGCACAGAAGCCAGUGGUACGAGCAACAUGAAGUUCUGCUUGAACGGAGGGUUGAUUAUUGGAACUUGUGAUGGUGCCAACAUUGAGAUCACUCGUGAGAUUGGCGAGAACAACAUCUUCCUUUUCGGCAACCUCUCGGAAGACGUCGAGGACCUCCGUCACGCACACGUGUACUCGAAGUACCAGCUCGACCCCCAGCUUUCCAAGGUGUUCGACUCCAUUCAUGGCGGCACCUUUGGCGAUGCUGAGCGCUUCUCUGCUCUGUUGAACGGCAUUGUAGAGCAUGGCGACUACUACCUCGUCUCUGACGACUUUGCGUCGUACGUCCAAACACAGGAACUCAUCGACGAGAGCUACAAGAACACAGAGGAAUGGACAACGAAAACCAUUCUGACGGUUGCGCGUAUGGGCUUCUUCUCAAGUGAUAGGUGUAUCGAUGAGUACGCGGAAAGCAUCUGGAAUGUGGAGCCGUUGGUGCCAAAGGACGAUGCUGCGCCAUGA